CGGCGACCGAUCAUCGGAUCAAUCAACCCCCACGUGAAACAAAGAUUGAAUUCCGGAAAUCUAAUUAAAUCCACGACUCAGUACUGAUAUUCCAAUUGGUUUGUUUCGUUGAACUAAUCUUAAAUAAUAACAAACAAACAAAAAUAAUUUGUUCUUGUUCUUUCCUAAAAAGAUGCCUGAUUGCUGUAUCCUCACCCUCACCACACACACCCUCUCUAUAGAGAGAUGUUUAAUCUAUUUAAUUAUCUAUUCGAAAUCUUAGAUUAGUUUGUAGUUUAUUGCAAGAAUUUUUUGAAAACGAGCAAAAAAAAAGGAGACCAUUAACCAGACAAGCCGUUUACUGAUUCAUGCUGAAUUUUCUUAUAUUCGUAACAAAACGCAUAAUACUAAAAUUUAUUAGGAAUGUGAAGAAUCUUACGAUUCAAAUAUUAAAUAUGAAGCUCGUGUACAUACAGAUUUACUUAAUGAUGUUAUUUUUGUUAACAAUAAAUUACAUUUACAUUCUGCAAAUGCUAUUAAGGUUGAAGUGCGCAAAGAUUAUGAAGAUCUUCGUUAUCAUGCGAUAAACAACAACGAUUCAGUUAUCUUGUAG